GAGAGAGAGAGCGCACACACAUGACUGAGCGUGGGGGAGGAGCAGAGAGAGAGGGGGACACAGAAUCCGAAGCAGGCUCCAGGCUCCAAGCCAUCAGCACAGAGCCCAACUCACGAACCGUGAGAUCAUGACCUGGGCCAAACACGGAUGGACACUUAACUGACUGAGCCACCCGGGUGCCCCAGUAUUAUAUUCCUUUACGUGAAGUUAUAAAUGGGAUUGUUUCCUUAAUUUCUCUUCCUGCUACUUCAUUAUUAGUGCAUAGGAACACAACAGAUUUCUGUAUGCUAAUUUUGGAUCCUGUAGCUUUACUGAAUUCAUUUUUCAGUUCUAAUAGUUUUUUCAUGCAGGCUUUAGGGUUUUCUAUAUAUACUAUGUUAUUUGCAAAUAGUGACUUCUUCCUUACCAGUUUGGAUGUCUUUUAUUCCUUUUUCUUGUCUGAUUGCUGCAGCUCAGACUUCCAAUACUAUGUUGAAUAAAAGUGGUGAGUGGACAUCCUUGUUUUGUUUCUGAUCAUAAAGCAAAAGCUUUCAGGUUUUCACGACUGAGUACGAUGUUAGCUGCAGGUUUUUCAUGUAUGGCCUUUUUAUUUUAAGGUAUGUUCUCUCUAAAUCCACUUUGUUGAGAGUUUUUAUCAUGAAUGGAUGUAUUUUGUCAAAUGCUUUUUUGGUAUUUGUUGAAAUGAUCAUAUAGUUUUAAUUCUUUUUCUUGUUAAUGUGAUGUAUUACAUUGAUUUGCGAAUAUUGAACCAAUUGAUCGAGGUUUUUUUUUCAAUGUAUUGUUGAACUUGGUUUGCAAAUAUUUUGUUGAGAUUUUUUGCAUCUAUGUUCACCAGAGAUAUUGGCCUGUAGUUUUCUUUUUUUUGUAGUGGCUCUGUCUGAUUUUGGUGUUAGGAUAAUGCUCGUCUUGUAGAAUGAAUUUGAAAGUUUUCCUUCCUCUUCUGUUUUGGAAUAGUUUGAGAAGAAUAGAUAUCAACCCUUCUUUAAAUAUUUGGUCGAGUUCACCUGUGAAGCCAUUUGGUCCUGGACUUUUGUUUGUUAAAAGUAUUGGUUAGUUAUUCAGUUUUGUUACUAGCAGUUGUUUCAUUCAAAUUUUCCAUUCCUAAUUCAGUUUUGGAAGAUUGCAUGCUUCUAGGAACUUAUCCAUUUUUUUCUAGAUUGUUUAAUUUGGUGGUAUAUAAUUUUCAUCAUACUCUUUUAUAAUCCUUUGUAUUUCUGUGGUUAUUUUUCUUUCAUUUUUUAAAAAAAUUUUUAAAAUGUUUAUUUAUUUUUGAGAGAGGGAGAGACAGAGUGCAAGCUGGGGAGGGGCAGGGAGAGACAGAGUGCAAGCUGGGGAGGGGCAGAGAGAGACAGGAAGACACAGAAUCCAAAGCAGGCUCCAGGCUCUGAGCUGUCCGCACAGAGCCCAACGUGGGGCUUGAACCCAUGAACUGUGAGAUCAUAACCUGAGCUGAAGUCGGAUGCUCAACCAACUGAGCCACCCAGGUGCCCCUUUCAUUUCUGAUUUUAUUUAUUUGAAUCACCUCUCUCUUCCUUUUUUGAUGAGUCUGGCUAAAGAUUUAUCCAUUUUGUUGAUCUUUUCAAAGGACCAGCUCCUGGUUUCAUUGAUCUUUUUCUAUGCUUUUUAGUUUCUAUUUUUAUUUCUGCUCUACUCUUUAUUACAGUAAGACCUUGGAUCGCAAGUAACUUGUUUUGUGAGUGUUCCUCAAGACGAGCAAACAUUUCUAAAAAUCUUACUUGAUAAACAAGCGAUGUCUUGCAAUAUGAGUAGUAUGUGAUGUUCAAUGUCACAUGAUCACAAGUGAGCUGGUGGUUCUUGAAAUUCACUUUGAUAUACAAGUGCUUUGGGUUACAAGCAUGUUUCCAGAAUGAAUUAUGCUCGCAAACCAAGGUUUAAUGUGUUUCCUCCCUUCUACUCGUUUUGGGUUUUGUUUGUUCUUCUUUUUCUAGCUCCUUUAGGUGUAAGUUUAGGUUGUUUAAGAUUUUCCUUCUGAAGGCAGGCCGAUAUGGCUAUAACUUCCCUCUUAGAACUGCUUUUGUUGCAUCCCAAAGAUUUUAGGUUGUUUUCAUUUGUCUCCACGUAUUUUUCGAUUUCCUCUUUGACGUCUUGGUUGACCUCUUCAUUGUUAGAUAACAUGUUGUUUAGCCUCCAUGUGUUUGUGUUCUCUCCAGAUUGAUUUCUAGUUGUGGUUAGAGAGGAUGCAGGAUAUGACUUUAGUCUUUUUAAAUUUACUGAGACUUGUUUUGUGGCCUAACAUGUGAUGCCUUGGAGAAUGUUCCAAGUGCACUUGGAAAUAAUGUAUCCUGCCGGUUUUGAAUGGAAUGUUCUGUAUAUAUGUCUUAGUUCCAUCUGGUCUACUGUGUGGUUUAAAGCCAGUUUCUUUGUUGAUUUUAUGUCUGGAUGAUCUAUCCGUUGAUGUAAGUAGGGUGUUAAGUUCCCCUAUUAUUAUGGUAUGACCGCCAGUUUCUUCCUUUAUGUCUUUUAAUAUUUGCUUUAUGUAUUUAGGUGCCUUUAUGUUGGUCGCAUAAAUAUUUGCAAUUGUUAUAUCUUCUUGUUAGAUUGAUCCCCGUAUUAUAUGGUGUCCUUCUUUGUCUCUUGUUUAUAGUCUUUGUUUUAAAGUCUGUUUUGUCUGAUACAGUAUUGCUACUCUGGCUUUUUUGUCCCCCUCCACUUCUAUUUGCAUGGUAUAUGUUUUUCCAUCCCUUCACUUUCAAUCUGUACCGUCUUUAGGUCUGAAGUGAGUCUAUUACAGGCAGCAGAUAGAUGAGUGUUGGUUUUUUUGUUUUUUUGUUUUUAUUCAUUCAGUUACUCUGUAUCUUGAUUUGGGGCACUUAGACCAUUUAAAGUAAUUGUUAUCAUUACAUAUUUAUCGCUGUUUUAACUGUUUUCUUGUUAUUUUUGUAGUUCUCUGUUGCUGUCUUCUCUUGCUCUCUUCCCUUGUGGUUUGAUGGGUUUCUUUAGUGUUAUGUUUGGAUUCCUUUCUCUUUAUUUUUUGUGUACCUAUUAUAGGUUUUUGAUUUGUGUUAACUAUUGGGCUUGUAUAUCACAUUUAUAACAGUCUCUGUUUAGUUGAUGGUUGCUUGAAUUUGAACACAUUCCAAAAGCAGAUAUCUUUCUAUUCUUAUUUUUGAAAGAUGUUUUUACUGGAGUGGAAAUCUGGGUUGAUAACUCUUUUCCUAGAAUUUGGAUUUGGUUCUUUGUUAUAAUUUCAAUUUCUCUGUGGAACGUCCCUAUGUCUACUUUCAUUAUGGCUAUAUUUUUCUUGCAGUCCUUGGGCCAUCUUUGGGUUGGUUUCUCCUGUUUUUUUUCCCAUGACUUGGAGUCACAUUAUCAUGUUUUUAAAUGUCUAAUAAUUUGGGGUUACAUCUCGAAUAUUGCGGGUGGCACAUUGUAGGAUUCUGUGAUCUUCCUCUGAGGAGUAUUGAGUUUUGUUCUGGCAGGCAGUUGAGUUACUCAUUGAUCACCUUUGACUUGUGUUAGCUUGGUUUUAUGCCUUGUUAGGACAGAUCUCUCUGGAAAGGCCAGAGUGUAUCCUGAGGCGUUCUAACUUGAUUAGGCCAGACCAGGAGGCUGCAUUUCCUCUGUGGAUCUUGUUGAUGCUUGACUUUAGGCUCUUUUAGGGCCAGUUUAGAGUAGAUCUUACUCUAGGGCAUUGUAUUUACUCCUAACUAUCCUAACACGAGGCCUUUCUGGUAUCUCAGGAUGCUUUGGGUAUUAACAGGUAUUAACGAGGUCUCUCCAUUCUUAAUGGUCACAAACUCAAAUAUCUCUCAUUCCUGAUUGGCAUUUAUUUUGUAUCUCUUUUGCUCUUAACCCUGUAGCAUCUGCUGUCUGUUAAACUUUGCAUAACUUCACCCUGCCCCCGUGCAGUCCAACCCUUGGCCAAGGGCUCACAGGAAAACCCCACACAGACUUCUUCAUGACCACCCCCCUCCCUGCCAUAGCUCCAUUCUUUCCACUGCUCUGUUGUUCAGAUUCCAGAUACUAAAGCAGCUCCAAGUUCUGAUCUCUCCCUCCUCAGUUUGUUGAGACCACCGAACUCCGCUUGAGCUCCAGCUUCCUGCACCAUUGUUGGGAAAUUGUCGCCAUGCAGACAGCCAGAUGAUCCUGGGCCUCUUCCCCAUGAGGUUUUCUUCUCUCGGGGACCUCAUUCUUGUCUGCCAGUUGUCUAGUGCAGGAAAACAAUUGCCCUAAACGUUUUCUGUAGUUCUGUAGUUGUUGACAGUGGGUGGGCUGGCCUUACUACCAGGUACUCUGCUAUGGCCGGAAACAGAAUUGCUCAAACACGUCUGUACUGAGCACAUCAUCAGCUUGGCACCCUGCCUUCUGUUUGAAUAAAUGAACGAAAUUUGUGGGUUUCUUGUUGAACCAAAAAAUACGUGCAAUGAGGUCCACAUAUGAAACCUGUAAUAUUGGGUUAAUCCUUUAUUAAAUUUUUUUAAAAAUUUGUAUUUGUUUUUGAGAGAGAAAGAGAGAGACAGAGCAUGAGCAGGGGAGGGGCGGAGAGAGAGGGAGACACAGAAUCUGAAGCGGGUUCCAAGCUCCAAGCUGUCAGCACAGAGCCCGACGUGGGCUUGAACUCACGAGCCAUGAGAUCAUGACCUGAGCUGAAGUUGGAUGCCUAACUGACUGAGCCACCCAGGUGCCCCUGGAUUAAUCCUUUAAUCCUUUUUACUUCUUCCCCCCCCCCCUUUUUUUUUAAUGUUUCUUUUUGAGAGAGAGAGCGAGAACAUGAGUGGGGAGGGGCAAAGAGGGAGGGAGACAGAAUCCCGAGCAGGUUCCCCACUGUCAGUGCAGCGCCCAAUCCGGGGCUCAUACGCACAAGCCAUGAGAUCACAUGACCUGAGCGGAAAUCAAGAGCGGGGCACUUAACUGAGCCACCCGGUGCCCCUCACCCUUUCCUUUUUUUGCUUGAAACGUUUUAUUUUUUAUUUUACUUUAUUUUUUGUUUAUUUAUAGUUUUUAAAUGAUUUUCUGAUACAGGAUGAGUUGUUUGAAGUGCUAGGCAUGAAGACAUUCCUUCUUGUACCACAAGGAAAAGGCAGCAAUGAAAAGCUGGAGUAUUCUACCGAUCUCUAAUUAAGCCAGACAGAUUAACUGAUUGGGUGUGUCUGUUUGCUUUUAUGGUUCCAAUUAGUGUUUUGGAGGAAUGAUGGCCUGCAACGCUUUUAUAACAUUUAAGGAUUGGCCCAAUAAUCCAAUAUUAGGAUCCUAUGCAAGACAGUUAACUAGAAAUAGUUUUAAAUAAACUGAUCCUUUAAGCAUUUCUAAAUACUACCUUUGUCAUUUAACAUUCCUUUUUCCACCAGCUUAGCCACUCACUGUCUUCCAGAUUUUUAGGCCAGUUGCCAUAAAAUAGUGCUCACUUACUUCAAGGCCAGAGGAAUGUUUUUGGGGGUAGUCACUGUUGGUUCUAAGCCUUCUCUAACCCCGGAGUUGAACAUUUCAUUUGCGACAGGUUUUUCAUCGAUUCCCACACAGUCUCAUUUUCCACACUGCCCUCAGAAGAGGUCACCUGGAAAUUUCGUUGCACCUGUUGGGGAAGAAUUAAUUUGUCCUCUUUCACCCCUUAUUCCUUAUGGAAGCGUCAGGUCGUUUCAGCAUCACCCCUUCUAGGGUGUUGAUGACGUCUUUGUUCAGCUUUACCGUUUAGUCUGCACGCUCGCGGGUGCGGUUAAGGAAGUGUCGUGUGGAAGAGCCGUUCACGUGGAACACCGGGGUGCAAAUGCUUCACGUGAUGCAUUUCAUCCUUCUACUGGGUCUGGCCUUUUGAAGCCCAAGAGAGAAUGUCGUAAGACGGUCUGGGUGAAGAUGCCAGUUUAGAUACCGUAUUAAGCGACUUGCUUGGCGGCUUCAGCACCGGCUCUCUCUCCCUCUCGAGUGUCCCUGUGACAGCCUCGGUGAAGACUUGGUCCCCCCCCCCACCCCCGAGACAGCCCCAUCCGGGAAACCCUUCACCCAAAGGGACCCGCCGAGCCAGAUGAUGCCUGUCGACCUGGGGCAGGCCCUGGCCCUGCUGCCGCAGCUGGCGAAGGCCGAGGACUCCCCGUUCUGCGGACCAGACGCUGCCCCUCGAGGGGAGCUCUCUAACCCCGAGACCGCCCGCCAGCUCUUCAGGCAGUUUCGUUACCAGGUGACGUCUGGGCCCCACGAGACCCUGAGACAGCUUCGGAAGCUCUGUUUCCAGUGGCUGCAGCCAGAGGUUCACACGAAGGAGCAGAUCCUGGAGAUCCUCAUGCUGGAGCAGUUCCUGACCAUCCUGCCCGGGGAGAUCCAGACGUGGGUGCGGACCCAGUGUCCGGGCAGCGGCGAGGAGGCGGUGACCCUCGUGGAGAGCUUGAAGGGAGACCCCCAGAGACUGUGGCGGUGGAUCAGCAUCCAAGUUCUGGGACAAGAAAUCUUAUCGGAGAAGACGGACUCCGCAAGCUGCCGCGUGGGGGGAGCGGGGCGCCAUCUUGAAAUGGCGUCUCAGGAGCUGGGACCUCGGGCCUCCCCCUCCAGGCCUGGGGAGCCGCCGAGCCGUGCUGUGAAAGAGGAGUCUGACAUGGAGCAAGAAUUAGCGCUGGCCGCUGCCGCCCUGGACGAAAGGCUUGUCGGAGACCAGGACUUCACAGCCUCCGCGCUCCAAGCAGCACCUCAGGAGACGUGGAGGCACCUGGAGUCCGUCCAGAAGGAGCAGUACUGGGAUCUCAUGCUGGAGACCUACGGGAAGAUGGUCUCCGGAGGCAUUUCCAGUUCCAAGCCUGAUCCGACUGGUUCAACGGGGUAUGGGGAAGAGCCUGCCGGGCGGCACCCUCACCUUAGUGAGAAGAUCCCAAGGCCCACCUGCCUAGGAGACAGGCAAGAGAAUGACAAAGAGAACCUGAAUUUGGAAAAUUGCAGGGGCCAGGAGCCUUCCGACGUCUCCUGCCACGCCUCAGGGGAGGCGCCUUCCCAGGCCUCCUUGAGCGGCCUCUUCGGUGAGGAUGCACCGAGAUGCUUUGGAGAAGUGGACAGUCGCCCCGAGGCCCCGGGAGACCUGCAGGGUGAGGGGCCGGUGGGCCAGCUCUCUCCUCAAGAGAGGAAUUCUGGGAAACAGCAUGUGGCCAGUCCUCAUCCAGAAGAACUGUCCCUGCUGUGGCUGGAGGAGAAGAGAGACGCCUCCCCGAAGGGGCAGCCGAGGGCCCCCAUGGCCCAAAAACUCCCCACCUGCAGGGAGUGUGGGAAAAGCUUUUACAGGAAUUCUCAGCUUGUUUUUCACCAGAGAACUCACACUGGAGAGACGUACUUCCAGUGCCCCACCUGCAAAAAAGCCUUUCUGCGGAGUUCAGACUUUGUGAAGCACCAGAGAAUCCACACGGGGGAGAAGCCCUGUAAAUGUGGCCACUGUGGCAAAGGCUUCAGUGACUUCUCGGGACUGCGUCACCACGAGAAGAUCCACACGGGAGAGAAGCCCUACAAAUGUCCCAUCUGCGAGAAGAGUUUUAUUCAGAGGUCAAACUUUAACAGGCAUCAGAGAGUGCACACAGGAGAGAAACCGUACAAGUGUCCCCGCUGCGGGAAGAGUUUCAGCUGGAGCUCGAGCCUUGAUAAACAUCAAAGAUCCCACUUAGGAAAGAAGCCCUUUCAGUAGCCAAGCUCCCUGAGCCCAUUUCUGUCUCUGGGCCAUUUAAAAAUACUUCCUUCCAUCUGGAGACAUCGCAUCUCUUAAAGGCCAGCCCUGUUCUCUCUGUUAUUUUAUGGAUUCGAGAGGAGAGUCACCAGGGCACGGCUUUGGACUUGGAGGACAUGUUGGCCUCUGGGUUGGAUUUCGUGUGGGUUUCAUUUCUUGCCUCUGCGUCGGGAGAAAGAGUGGUUUUUCUCCGUCAGCUCGUCUCUUGCGGUGGAUCCCUCAGGGAGAAAGGUUCAGUUGGAGGUCCUGUUCUACAAGUGCCGUCUGGGGAGAGCUCAACUGGAUUGGCUGCAUGGCAGCUCGGGGGAAGGGCCUGGGAUCAGCGGUUGAGGAGGGGGGUUCGGGAGCAGGCCUUCUGUCACAGGAAGGGCAGCAGAGAGGGCCAGUGAGCUCACGUGUGUUCCUUGCCACACGGGUGCAAAACUAACCUCAAGUGUCUCUCGUUCUAAAUAAACUUCUUAGAGUUA